AUGGCUAACCUUACAAAACUCGAGUUCGUUGCCCUUGAUAUUUCGGGCAAGAACUACCUAUCAUGGGUGCUAGAUGCUGAAAUCCAUCUUGAUGCUAUGGGUCUUGGAGACACCAUUAAAGAAAAUAAUAAAGCAUCCAACCAAGAAAAUGCCAAGGCUAUGAUAUUCUUGCGUCAUCAUCUUGAUGAGGACCUGAAAAUUGAAUAUCUUACUAUUAAGGAUCCACUCGUUUUAUGGGGAAAACUUGAAAGAAAGCAGCAAUAUCGAGAGAAAGGUUUCACAAAGUAUUGUGAUUUGAUUGCUCAUCUUCUUGUGGCUGAACAAAAUAAUGAUUUAUUGAUGAAAAAUCACGAGAAUCGACCUACUGGCGCUGCACCACUCCCCGAAGUGAAUGAGGUGUAUGCCCACUACUCUAGGCGUGGAAAAGGUCGUGGCCCCAGUCGUGGUCAUGAUAAUAGUCGUGGUCGUGAUAAUGGUCGUGGUCGUGGUCGUGAUAAUGGUCAAAGAAGAAAUUAUUUUCCUGGUGUUAAUCACUCUUCAAAGAAAAAUCACCACCAAAAGGGGAAAAAGAAGGAUGAUAGGCAUGAAGUGCCAGAAGCACGUGGCUCAGAAAAUAAAUGCUAUCGAUGUGGUGGAAGUGGACACUGGGCACGUACCUGUCGUACGGCGAAGCACUUGGUUGAGCUUUAUCAGGCAUCAAUUAAAAGAAAAGAGAAAAAUCCCGAAGCUAAUUUUAUCUCUGAAAAUCAAAUUGACAUCACACACUUGGAUGUAGCAGAUUUCUUUGAGCACCCUGAAGGAAAGAUAGAUCACUUGAUUGGUGAUGGUUCUGUGGUUAGAGAUGAUUGA